UAGGCGCGCUCUACUGCCGUCGUUUUCCCUGCACGUAAGGCUCCUUUCCUCUCACACACGGCGCGCUCCCCGUCUGCACCCCUCUCCAACGCGCCUCAAAUUGUCUUCGGGCAGAUCGCUUCCAUCUUGGCGUUUUGCAAAAGACGGUGCGGGAUCAACCGCAUCUCAUCGUCGCAGCAGACGAAAUACGAGUAGCAGAGAAAGGGCGAGGAGAGCAUCACCCUGCCUGGCGGAGUAAGCAAGCUUGGCACGGCGGUAGCGUUCGGCAGCAAUCGGGUGGCUUGGAUAGAUCAAGGGGGCUCAAGGCAAGAAGUGGACCUAAGGAGGCGCUGAGGGACUAUGGCUUCGGCGGAAGUGAUGGCAAUGCCUGUAGACACGCCAACAGGAGAUGCUGCAGGCAAGGAGCGGCAGCAUCAGGCAGCAGCAGAUGACGCCGGCGCAGCCCAGGAUGUCUACGUCAAGCUCAAGUCUCUGCAGAAGCACAUGGAGUUCCUUGACAUCCAGGAGGAGUACAUCAAGGACGAAAUGAAGAACCUGAAGCGGGAGCUCAUCCGGGCGAAGGAGGAGAUCAAGCGGAUCCAGUCGGUGCCGCUGGUGAUCGGGCAGUUCAACGAGAUCAUCGACGCGAACUACGGCAUCGUCGGGUCGACGGCGGGAUCGAACUACUUCGUUCGCAUCUUGAGUACCCUGGACCGAGAGGUGCUAAAGCCGAACACGUCAGUAGCGCUGCACCGCCACAGCCAUAGCGUGGUGGAGAUACUGCCUCCGGAGAGCGACUCCACGAUCCAACUCAUGCAGGAGAGGCCGGACGUGACGUACCACGACAUCGGGGGCAUGGACAUGCAGAAGCAGGAGGUGAAGGAAGCGGUUGAGCUCCCGCUGACGCACUUCGACCUGUACAAGCAGAUCGGCAUCGACCCCCCGAGAGGUGUGCUCAUGUACGGCCCUCCGGGAACGGGGAAGACGAUGAUGGCCAAGGCCGUGGCUAACGCCACGAGCGCUUCGUUCAUCAGCGUGGUGGGGUCAGAGUUCGUGCAGAAGUACCUUGGGGAGGGGCCCCGCAUGGUGAGGGACGUCUUCCGCCUGGCGAGGGAGAACUCCCCUAGCGUGGUCUUCAUCGACGAGAUCGACGCCAUCGCCACCAAGCGCUUCGACGCGCAGACCGGAGCUGACCGCGAGGUGCAGCGAAUCCUGCUCGAGCUGCUCAACCAGAUGGACGGUUUCGACCAGAGCACCAACGUUAAGGUGAUCAUGGCGACGAACAGGGCGGAUACGCUGGACCCGGCUCUGCUGCGGCCGGGGAGAUUGGACCGGAAGAUCGAGUUCCCGGUGCCGGAUCGACGGCAGAAGCGCAUGGUGUUCACGGCUUGCACCGCCAAGAUGAACCUUAGCGAGGAAGUGGACCUAGAGGACUACGUCAACAGGCCCGAGAAGGUUAGCGCGGCUGACAUCUCCGCCAUCGCGCAGGAGGCCGGGCUGCAGGCGGUGCGCAAGAACCGAUACGUAGUGCUCGGCAAGGAUCUGGACAAGGCCUACAAGAAGCACGUCAACAAGCACGACACCGAGCACGCCUUCUACUCCAUGUAGAACUCCUGCCACGCCUAGUGUAGAUACUUUUGAGCCAUCAUCAUUUGGUGGGGGGGGGGCGUUGUAUUGGUGCGUGACGGGGGUAGGGUGUGCACUCGCCACCCCCGUGCGGCGUGCGGGCGUGUCGUGGAUACGAUAGAUCUUGCACCUGCCUGUCAACAAGCACGAGAGAGACGUAUAGAAAGGAAGGGACUUUGGGAUGGCGUUCCAUCACGGCGUUCGUUCAAGGCGCUGCUGCUGCUGUGGUGUUUAGAACCUGGUUUGAGUAGUGGUUGACUGAGUCGGAAGGAACGCUUUUCUCGUUCUGAAGUACUGCCUGAAUCUACUUUCGCGAACGGUGCGGCAGGAAUGUUUCACGGAAUGUUCCACGUGGUAACGAAAUGGCGUGUCCGUUGUGGUUCUUUGAAGCGAUGAAAAUAUGUUUUGUUCUCCGCACGGUCUUGAGAAAACGUUAACGCGAAGACAUUAGGCGUAGAACACUCCAUUGGAACAAGGUUAUCGUGGAACAAUU